GCCCCCAAGUGUAUUACGAUUUACGUACGCAGUGCACACGGGAGCCAACGGAAUUCUCGACCGGACGUAUACUACAUUUUUCGUCGUUCGACAUGCAGGUCGGAACUGCAACCUCCAUACUAAAUCCAACUUUUGAGUACUUUAAUAGUCAUGGGACUUGGGUUACUUACAUACUAAUUAUCGUCCUUGGACACAUCAUACUCUUGUGCAUACCUUUUAUCACCACCGCCAUGGUAUGGACUCUGACUUGCAGCAUCCACAAUGUGGUGAUGUACGUGUUGCUGCACUGGGAGAAGGGUAGUCCAUACGAGACAUUGGACCAGGGAGAGGCACGAAUACUUACCCAGUGGGAACAAUUCGAUGACGGUGAACAGUUUUCGCCCACCAAGAAAUUUCUACUGGUGGUUCCAAUUGUAUUAUUCCUGUUGGCCAGCUUCUAUACCCAGUACGACCCGCUGCAUUGUUUGGUCAACGCCUCUUCCCUUGUAUUCUUGGGCGUGCUGCCAAAACUGCCCCAAUUUUAUGGCGUACGAAUUUUCGGUAUCAAUCGCUGGUAGCCGUCCUCUCGACAUGGUCUUGCUCAUUAUUGCGCAUAUCACGUGGCAUUUGCGGUAGUCCAACCCUCCUCUUUUCAGAGUGUUCGCACGUGGUUUCCACCCCCAUCCUCCUUCCAUUUCGCUAUGCCUCCGCUCCACCCACAGUCUUUAGCCAGCUGUGAUCAGAUAUCGAGCGAUCAACUGUUCACUUCACCUCCGUCCUCAGUUCUCCAACUUGUGUCAUCGGGCCGCCAUUUUGUACUUUAGGCCAAUGUAUUGCCUCUCCCCGGUUCUUCGUUCAGAUCCAACUCCUCCAGCCUGCACAUCGAUGCUGUGUUUGCGCCAUUGUCCUCCGUGUCCAUGUUUUGCAUCCACUGUGUCUGUGCUUCCUAUAUCGGUCUUGAGCGACUUGCUUCCUCAUAUCGGUGCCUCAUUUUUUUAUCAUGUACACGUGUUCCUGUUUGGUUCCAUAAAUACUCACCUGUUUUUCUACUGUCUGGUGGCUUGUUUGUUCCGGUUGUUCGUUAUUA